CUUCUCCACGUCGGCCUGAUGCGCAGAUUUGCUCUUUUUCUGUUGAUUACCGAGAAAAAAACACAUUUCAACAGUUUUCCGCAGUUACCGAGCGGGGAGGACUAACGCGUGGACUGUUUUGACAGUAUGGAAGGCAGACGUGAUGGGAACAAGCAACAUAAGUGAGAUAGGAAAUGUUUAUUCUCUAACUGAAUUUCUGUAAGUGGAGUAAAUUGUCUGGAUGCCUGUUCAGUGUCAGGGCGCACGGCGCGCGCACUUUGAGCGACUGUUUGCGCGUGAGUGAUAUCGUCCAGUCUCAGCGGAUCGUCAGAGGCAGUCGCGCUCCUGGAGGAGGAUGCCUUCCCUGCACCACGGAGCGAUCUUCGUCGGAGCCUUCCUCAUCGUGACCGGGGGCUCCACGGCCUUCAUGAACAAGCCCGAGAACCGCAUGCAGGCGUUCUCGCUGUGCUGCGUGGUGCUGGGGGUGGUCAUGCUCAUCCUCGGGCUCUUCUGGGCGAUGAACAGCAAGAACGCCGGCAACUACAACCACGGCGAAUUCGACGCGGAGUGUCCACACUAUCCGUACAACGACUACCCGAACUUCGGCGGCCAUGCCCUCUUCACACCCAUGGGGAGCCGCUUCCCAGAGUCCCAGUCGGUGUUUCUGCCCAGGACGAUGGAGGGCCACAGAUACGGCGCGCGGGGCGAGGACUGCGACUACCCUCCCAUGGACUCCGGUGGGUUCAGCCCGGCGCCCGACCCCCCCCCGUGGCUGGGACCCCCGCCUCCGUACGAGGUGGCCAUCAAGACCACGUGCAGCUCCACGCAGCUGCGCCGCGCCUACUCGGACACGCACCUGGCGUCGGAGCCCCUGUUCGGACGCUCCAGGGAGAUCAGCUUCGAGGUGUGACGCUGGACGCGCUGCUGGGAUCUUCUUCAGACUCUCAAAGCAUGCUCCUUCCACUGGACCCAGCAUGUUUCUCCUCCCGUGGCCUGUAAUUACAAAGCAGGUGUCAGUAUAAUCAAAUACUCCAUAUCGAAGUCGAGCUGUGUGGCUUGACGACAUGUCUCUGGGUUACUAAAAUGCCUUAACCUGUUUUAGUAUUUAGUUUAGAGGGAGAACCUUGACACGCUGUUUUGGAGGAGCCUGAUUGGUUUUAUUAUCUGUCAUCAUCUCCUCGCACUGAUGCAGUUCAUGUAUUUGGAGGGGGUUCGAACCGAGACUAUUUAACUCAGUGACUCCUCCAAGAGUUUAGCUCAGUGUUCCGUAAAUGAUGGCUCGUAUCAAGCUAUCGAUCACACGUAGUACACGCUCUAUAUUGUAUCACAGACGUACUUUACCCAAAGCUACAUUAUGUAUUUGUCUCCAGGUAUAUUUAUUAGCUGUAAUUAUUUAGGAAUAAAAUACAGAAGAUGUUUUUAAAUUUGAAUUAUUCCACGUCUGUGUUAAAGCUGAGCUUUAUUACAUGUUGGUCGUCUGUAAUGGCAGGAUGUUGCCUUAAAACGAAUCAGGGCUUUGGGUCGAGUUACCUGCUGCAUGCAGUUAGUUUGCAUCAUCAUUUACUUAUUGGAUUAAAAGCACAAUAAACCAAAUCAGGAAGCUUUGAUGUAGAUGCUCUGGGUGACACAGAUCCGUUUCAGCCAGAGUUUUCUCAUUUUUGUAUUUCUAUUAGACACGUUGAAUGCAAUGUGCAAGAGAAGCUAAACUUGUUCUGAGGAAGGUGAUGCACAUCAUACUAAAAUCAUAAACCAUGUUUAUGCAUCUCCAUUAGCCGACAGAUGUGAGAUGAUCAGCACAUUCUUUGAACCACUCUUCUCAGAAGCUGCCUUAUACCCUCCUUUACCUGACCCCACUAUAAAUUAUAAUGUAACUGAGGAAAUGAUUGAAUUUAAAUUAAAUUUAAAUAACAUGUAGCAGUAUAUAACGCAGAACAAUAAUGAUUAUUUAUGUAGUUUUUUAUUUAUUUCUUCUGUUUGAGUUUGUUUCUAAGAUCCAGAAGAAUUAUGUUGUAGUACUUUUUGUUUCUUGUUCAUUGUGAUGGAUGAUAUUUAUAUUACCAGUCAUGUACACCUGAAUGAAAGCUUGUGAUCCUGACCUCAGCUGGGAUGUGAUCACCACCAA